CAAAUCAAAUUAUUAAUUUAAAACAAUUAACAAGACAAAUUCAAAGAUUAUUAAAAUUUUGUUUAAUGAGUAUUGAAUUAUCAAUAAAUAAUGAAGAUUUUUUAUUGAAAAAUUAUGGAAAUGAAUUUUUGAAAAUUGCUAUUAAAUUACUUGAAAGAUUUACAUUAAAAAAUUCAAAUGAUUUUUUAAUUGACAAAAGAUUAUUAAUAGCACUUGGUUCAUUUAUUUGGAAAUGUAUUGUAUGGUGUCCAGAAAAUUUAAAAACGUUUGUUGAAGAUGGAGGAACAUAUUUAAUUCUUGAUACAAUUGAAAAAUCAAAUAUUUUAGUACAAAAUGUUUAUCUUGGUAUUUUGAUAGACAUGUGUCAAGGUUCAAAUUGUAUACCUCAUUUAUGUACCUGGCGAGGAGUUGAUAAAUCAAAAGGGGCAUUAUCUCUGAUGGCAAAAAUUUGGAGAGAAGAAGAAAAUACAAUUGGAACAAAAAGAACACCAGAAGGCUGUGUCAAAGAUAUAGAAUUUCCAUUGAUGGGAAUUGAUCAAUGGAAUAGUACAUUUAGAUCAAAAAGUACAUUUGAAUUUAGUCCAGCUCUAGCUGCAAUUUGGGGCUCAGUUAGACCAAAAAUAUACAGUAUCAGACAAAUAUUAAUAUCGAAUUCUGAAAUAUAUGAUAAAGUACGUGAACAUUAUAAAAUUCUUCUUGAUGAUUUACCAAUUGAGGAUUCAAUAACAUAUUGUAUAAUUGAUGAAUAUCUUCAUUUAAUACAAGGACAAAUAUGGGCUGAAGUUUUACGUUAUCUCAAACAAACUGGUGUUAAUCCUCUUGGUUCAGAUGGUGAAAUGUUACUUAUAAUGCGACAAAGACAUCGUUUAUGUGGUUUAAAAAUUCAAGAAAAACAAGAUAAAAUACUUGAUGAUGCUGAUAAAAAAGAGCUACAGCUUGAAAUUAAUGAAUUUCAUAAAAUUCGUGAGACUAAAAUUACAUCAGUUCUAGAAGCUGUUAAUCAAAUGGAUCUUUUACGUAGAACAAUUGAUGCUAAUUAUCGAAGAAAAAAAAAAGAUAAAUUGAUGAAAAUUAAAGAGUCUUCUUCUUCUCAAUCAUCAUUUACAAAAAGUAUAAAUUAUAAAAAUAAUAAUGAUGAUUUUACUCUUGUAUCACCACCAAGUUCAGCUUCAAUUUUAUCUAAUAAUUUUUCAACUGAUGAAGAGCUGUCUUAUUCAUAUUAUCUUUAAUUAAU